AUGGCACUCAGGGUAAAGGCAGAUGUGUGGCUGGCAAGACCCUGGCAGUGCCUGCACAGGAUGAGGGCACUGGGCACCACAGCAGCACCGGCCCCCAAGACACUGCAGCCCUUUGAAGCCAUCCCCCUGUACUCCAGAAACAAGUGGCUGAAGAUGAUACAGAUCCUGAGGGAGCAGGGCCAGGAGAACCUGCACCUGGAGAUUCAUCAGGCCUUCCAGGAGCUGGGCCCCAUUUUCAGGUACAACAUAGGAAGAACACAGGCUGUGUCUGUGAUGAUGCCUGAGGAUGCUGAGAAGAUAUUCCAAGCAGACAGCAUACAGCCCUACCGCAAUGUCUUGGAACUCUGGGUGGCCCACAGAGAACAGCGUGGCCUGAGACGUGGCGUGUUCUUGCUAAAUGGGCCUGAAUGGCACUUCAACCGACUGAGGCUGAACCCAAAUGUGCUGUCACCAAAGGCCGUUCAAAAGUUUGUCCCCAUGGUGGACAUGGUAGCAAGGGACUUCUUGGAGGCCCUGAAGAAGAAGAUGCUGUUGAAUGCCCAUGGAAGCUUCUCCAUGGACUUUUAUUCCAAUGUGUUCAACUAUACCAUAGAAGCCAGCCACUUUGUCCUUUUUGGGGAGCGGUUGGGCCUCAUUGGCCAAGGCCUGAACUCUAGCAGUCUGAAGUUCAUCCAUGCCUUGCAAUCCAUGCUCAAGACCACCACACAGCUCCUGUUCUUGCCCCAGAGCCUGACUCGCUGGACAAGCAGCCGGGUGUGGAAAGAGAAUUUUGAGUCCUGGGAUUUCAUCUGUGAGCAUGUCACAAAAUCCAUCAAGAAUGUGUAUCAAGAGCUGGCAAAGGGUCGCCCUCAGUCCUGGAGUAUCAUAUCAGAACUGAUAUCAGAGGGUGCCCUGCCAAUGGAUGGCAUCCAGGCCAAUACUCUGGAGCUCACUGCUGGAAGUGUGGACACGACAGCAGUCCCCUUGGUAAUGACCCUCUUUGAGCUGGCUCGGAACCCGGACAUUCAGCGGGCACUUCGGCAGGAGAGCCUGGCCGCGGAGGCCAGCAUCGCUGCAAACCCUCAGAGGGCUAUGUCCGACCUGCCUCUGUUGCAGGCUGCCAUUAAAGAGAGUUUGAGGCUCUAUCCUGUUGCCAUCUUUUUGGAGAGAGUUUUAAGCUCUGACUUGGUGCUUCAGAACUACCAUAUCCCUGCUGGGACGGUCCUCAAUAUGAAUCUCUACUCCAUGGGCCGAAACCCUUCAGUAUUUCCGAGGCCCGAGCGCUACAUGCCCCAGCGCUGGCUGGAGAAGAAAGGGAGUUUCCUGCACCUGUCCUUCGGCUUUGGGGUGCGCCAGUGCCUGGGGAGACGACUGGCUCAGGUGGAGAUCAUGCUCCUGCUGCACCAUAUCCUGAAAUCCUUCACGGUGGAGACACUAAGGCAAGAGGAUGUGCAGUUGGUCUACCGCUUUGUUUUGGUGCCCAACUCCAGCCCCCUCCUUACCUUCCGGCCUGUCAGCUAGUCACACACCCAUUUUUGGUAUCCCAGGAGGCCAGCAGCGUCCUCCUGUUCCAAGGACAUGCUACCCCUCAUUUCUCCCUUGGGGCCCUAUGCCUGUGGCCAGGCUAGCUUCUUGUCUAGGAUCUAACAGGUGUGAUUCAAGGCCAGGGAAUGGCUCUGGAGGCAUACUGUCCUUUCUCUGUCACCCAGCCUCCUACUGUGGUCAUUCAAGUAAGCCCAUAUGCUAGCUUUGUCUUCCCGUCUGGUCCCAAACAUGCCUGUUACUCUCUUCCUGACCCUUCUCCUAAAAUUCCUUUGUAUUGUUUGAGUGUUGUGCAAAAGGAACUCAGCAUCAGAAAAUGACAUCUCAUGUCAACAGUGAAAGCCUAUGAUGUCACUCGUGACACAUUCUCAGGUGCCAGGAGAGACAGAACUGGCCAUGAAACUAACGUGUAUGCCACACACCCCAGAUGUCAUGUGCUAUGGCUCUGACCUCAGAGGCACAGUGGAUGCUCAGUGAUCACCCUCCAGUCCAGACCAUGUGCAGAUCCUGGGGAUGCUGAGAAGAGCCAAGCGCCUCAAGUAUGGCAGACAAACCUUGGAGAAAUGUCCCGGUAACACAAGGGUUAGAAAUUGGUUAGCAAAUUUCAUAAUGGCUUCUGUACACAUCUGUUCUGGUCAACAGAUGAGCACAUAUCACAAGUCGUACUCACUGGGGGCAUUGGAGCAGCAGUGUGUAAUACCCUUCAGCCCCCAUGUUCCUAGUCUACACACACCACUGGUCAAAGCACAGUGCACCAUGCAGGGAGGGGAUGUGCCCUGGGCCUCAAGCAUGCCUAACCACACUCUCUUUGCCUCAUUUCUUCU